AUGUUAAAUCAAAAAUGCUUUAUGGUCAACCUGUUACAAAGCAUGAUUCUCUCAUACUCAAUAUAUCACUAAUUGGAAAGCUCAUGCCUACUCAAUUUGAUACAAUUAAUAAUUAUAACUUCAAUUACUUUGGCAUUAAUAUUGCUAUAAAAUGUUUUUAACAAGUUCAUGUUACAAGGAACUAUUAUAUGCAUACAAUUAGAUAUGAUAUGUUUAAUAAUAAUGAAUGUGCACAAUUUUGGUAGGAUACCCUUUUCAUAAAUCAUAAUGGCUUAAAUCUUAAUAAAAGACCUGUAUUUAGAGUUUAAGUUGCGUUUGUAAUCUCAAUUAUUGGCAUUAUAAGCAAUAAUCUCAAUAUUUUUGCUGGUUUACUCAUAUGUGAGAAUUGAAUUUGAUAGAGAAUAGCCACAAUUAUUGAUAUCUUUAAUGAUAUCAAUCUACUUCAACUCUUCAUUGAUGAAAUAAAAGCCGUCUCAAAUUACAUCAAUUUUAACUGAAAUUACUAAUACUAAUAAAUAAGAAAUGUUGAAUUCAAAGAGGGGUGUCUCAUAAUUUGAUUUAGAUCAAAACCCCAAUUCUGCAGGUAUACGAGAUACAUCAGCUUUGGCCGAUAAUGGUAUUUCUGAUUCCACUAUUCAAUGUUUAGAAUUAUUAAAAGAAGGAGUAAUUUUACUAGUUCCAGACUCUAAUUCUUCCAAUUUUCCAUAUAUUAUCAAAUAUUUAAACCAGGCCACAAAAACACUAUUCAAUAGAGAGUCUGAACAAGAAGUGCUUCAAUUUAUUGAUAGUUUGAAUACAUUUUAAUUAGUUAACGGAGAAGCAAACGAUGACUUAUUAUUUGUUUCACAGAUUUAAAGGUAACCCUCUUUGUAUCUUUUCAAAUAAACGACUGAAAUCAAAGAUUAAACUUAUUUACAAUAGAGAAAUCUUAGUUUAGAUGUGUCUUAGGGUUAAGAAAAGAGUCAGAAGUACAAAAUAAAAUAUAUUAUUGACAUGUUAUUAAAAUAAAAAAAUUAAGAUUGUAUAGUUGUUUAAACACAAUUAAAUUUAAGAUAAACUGUUUUUACAAAUCAAUAAAUACAAGUAUCUCAAACCUAUAUUAAUGCAGAUAAUAAUUAACUGCUUGAACUAACAUUGACUUUAAGUAAAAAUUAAAAUAUCAUCAUUAUCUGUAGAGAUGUAACUCAUAGACAAAAAAUUAGAUACCUAAAAGAAUAUGAUAAACAAAAGUCAAAAAUGCUUUCAUUUGUCAGUCAUGAAUACCGUUCUCCUUUGAAUUGUAUUAUCUAAAUGCUAGAAUAAGUACUCAAAUAAACCCAAAUUAAGAACAACCCUUAGAUAAAUGAACAAUUACAAAUAGCCUUAGAUAACUCAAACUAUAUUUUAAAUUUAUCCAAUGAUCUGCUUGAUUUGGCUUAAAUUAAAAACGGUAAAUUCAAAGUGGAGAAAGUACCAUUUAAUUUAUCAACUUUAAUUGAAGAAUGCUAAAAAAUGUUCGAAUUAAAAGCUAAGUUGAGAUAGGUUCAAUUGUCUACCAAUUACAGUUCUUCCCUUCCAUAAUUUAUAUUUUAGGAUAGGAACAGACUUAAACAAAUAAUCGUUAAUCUACUGAGUAAUGCCUUUAAAUUUACAUAAAGUGGUAAAAUUAAAAUAAUGCUUGAGAUGGUAAAAUCGAAGAAUUUGAGAAUUGGAGUAAGAGACGAAGGAAUUGGGAUAUCAGAAGAAGAUCAAUUGAAUUUGUUUAAGGCAUUCUCCAAAGUUAAUUCUGAAGAAAGUAGAAAACUCAAUUAACAAGGAGUUGGAUUGGGUUUGGUUAUAAGUAAUUAGAUUGUUUAAAAUAUUGGAUCUGCUGGACUGAAUAUAGAUUCAAAAAACGAAAAGAAUAAUCAUUAUUGCCAUUUCUAUUUUGAUUUAUUGAUCGAUGACUUUUUCAAAAAGAAAGUCUCUAGUUUUAGGAUACCUGAAAUUUCAUUGUAGCCUUAGGAAGUUGAUGAAAUUAAUAGUUUUUAAAAAAUACCUUCAAACACGAAGGAGGAUUUAUCUACUCAAUAAAUUUGUCUUCAUUAUUUGAUUGUUGAUGAUGAUUGUUUUAAUACUUUUGCAUUUAAAGGAAUAUUAUAGGAAUUUGAAUUUGAUGUUGAUUAAGCCUUGUCUGGGAGCGAAUCCAUUAAAAAAAUAUAGAAUAAAAAAUGUUGCAGCACUUGUUCAGGCUAUAAAAUUGUUUUCAUGGAUAUUGAAAUGCCUUAAAUGAAUGGUUAAUAAACUACCAAAAUUAUAUUAAAAAGCUUUCCAAAUUAGAUAAUAAUUGGUUGUAGUGGUUAUACGGAUCAAUAAGAAUAUGAAAAGUGUAUAAAUUCUGGAAUGGCAGACUUUUUAGUUAAACCAAUCAAAGAAUCAUAUAUUAAUGAUAUCUAUUCAAUCUAUUUUUGCUUUUUUAUAUUAAUAAUCACUGCAAUUAUUCUUAAAAUUCACUAUUAUGUUUUCGUUAAAUUUAAUAUAUUAGUUAACAGAAUAUUUGAAUUAAUUAAUAUGGACAAAUUGCCAAUAGGUUAUGUUAAAGGAAAAGGAAAUCCCCUUGAUAAAAAAGUACCCAAAAACAAAUAAUAUGAUCAUGUCAAACAAACCUUAAAUACAGGGCCAACUGUAAGAGACAUUGAAGUAGUAAGCAAUGCCAAGAUAGCAAAAAAAAGAUCUGAAUUAUUUAAGCGUAUUAAGUGUUCGACUGUGUUUAACUUUAUCAGCGAAAACACAGAAUAAGAGACUAUUUAUAAGUUAGCAGAUUAACAACAAUAAGCUUAAGAGCAAUUACAAUAAUUCGAUACUUAGAGUCAACAUAGUUAAAUGACAAGAUUUACUGAAGUCUCACAAGUCUCUGCAAUUACUUAUGCUACAGAAUAAUUGGGGAUCACAGAUUAAUCAGAAUUUCUUCUUUUGGACUUACGAGAUGCUGAUGAAUUUGAACUUUAUCAUAUUAAAGAGGCAGUUAAUUUCCCUGCUCCAAACCUAAGACAAGACAAAUUAACUUAAUAAAUUCAUAGAUUCAAAAACUAAAAAGACAAGCAUAUAAUAAUAUACCAUUUUGAUGAAAAGAAUGGAAUUCCUUCAGCCACUCUCUUUGCUGAAAAAGGGUUCGAGAAUGUAUAUCUCUUGAGUGGAGGCAUUGAAAAGUUCCUCCAAAAUUACCCAUAAGGUGUGAUAGGCAUCAAAGUACCAUCUAUUCCAAAGCCGGAAGAGAAUCCCAAUAAAAUUAUCAAGAGAUCUAAUUACAAGGAAGCAGAUUCUUAAAUAAAUAAGUCGGAAAAGAAUAUCAGUGAUACAAAAUCACAAAUUAGUUAGAAAACUAAAAUUACUAGAUAAUCUAGUUAAUAGAAACAACAGCAAUCAUAAUAUAUUGAUAAAUGAUAUAAUAGCAUUAAUUUAAGUAGUUUUUUAUAAA